CUUGCUAUCAACUUGCAUCUAUCUACCAUUAGCUUCCUAGCGCCUCUAGAUACACCAUGCUUGACCAAAACCACAUCGUUACAUCUGAUACAACAUCGGGACACGAUGUAGUGUCGUCCCUCGUUUCAGACCAAGAUGCGGGCGGCCACGAUGGCUCUCCGGAGCGCGAUUCCGAGUGUGGAUGUAAUUCCACGCCGCUUGGUUCAAGACCACCAUUCGCAGGAAUAUCUCGAGAGGGACUCAAAAUACGUACUGCGAACACACAGGUCAACAAAGGUGAGGCGAAAUCGGAUGAGGACGAGCCACCACAAUCAGUGAUACAUGCUCCUGCAGGUUUUGGUGACUUUGUAAGUGGUUGACAUACAAGUGAAUGGACAAGUGCCACUUGUCAGUACGCUUGCACCAUCGAGUGCAUUGAAGUCAUAUACAUCACAUCAAACAGCACAGUCAUCCUCGGGUCAUGAUUUUACGGCGCUCGCA